AUGAAAGAGCCCGGCUCGGUCGGCACUAUAAUUGGCAGCGUAACGGGAGUCACGUUCCCAGACAGUUCAGCCGUUCUGAACGUUGAAGAACACGCUUCAUCGCUAUCUAAUUGGGAAAGAACAGGCUUUCCGAAGCAAGGAGGCCAAUCAUUGUCGUACUGGCUUCAGCAAGUCCGAUGCGACCCGUUGUUGGAUCAUCGGACCACCCAGAACCUCCCAGCGCAGGCUGAUACAGUCAUUAUCGGAUCUGGGAUCACGGGCACUCUGGUCGCGAAGCAUCAUCUCCAAACGUGGCCGGACAAAAGUAUUGUAGUCCUUGAAGCGCGCGAGUUCUGCUCUGGAGCAACAGGUCGCAAUGCAGGACACUGCAAACCUGACCAGUGGCGCCACUUCGGAAAGUUCGAGAAGGCGUACGGGCAGGAGCAGGCCAUCAAGAUCAUGAAAAAUGAGGCCUCCACUUGGAGAGCCUUGGUGGCCUAUAUCAAAGGGAAUAACGUGGAUUGUGAUCUCUGGGUUGGCGAGACCCUAGACGUGCCGCUUGACGACGAAGUCGCAAAGAUCGCAAAGGAAGUUUUCGAACGGUAUGAAAACCUUGGUGGAAAGGUGGAUCACAUCAAGGUUAUACAUGAUCCAGCUGAGGCGGCCAAGGUAUCCAGGAUCAAGAAUGCGAAGGCGUGCUAUGCCUGGCAAGCGUCCACUCUACAGCCUUGGAAAUUGACUGCGCAUAUUAUGCGAGACGACAUCGAGAAAGGAGUGAACCUCCAGACGUAUACGAUAGCGCAGGCGGUCAACGAGACCGGUUCCAGUACUCGCAAAUGGGUCGUUCAAACAGACCGAGGGGCCAUUGCAUGCGAUACUGUUGUCCAUGCCACCAACGCCUACAGCGCGGCACUCGAACCUUCUUUGAAGGGCGUUAUCACCCCGAAGCCGCAUAUGUGCAACAAAGUUCUGCCUCCCCGCGCGCUCUGUGGUUCCAAAGCUAUCCAGAACUCGUACGGCGUUCUUCUUCCGGAUGGCGCUCUAUUUUCCAUCAACCCACGAUGCACCACAGACGGGAUAAUGAUGUUCGGUGGCUCCAACCCAGGGCAGAAGCAGCUCGAUGCUUGGGUAGAAAGGCACCCGGAGCACUGCAUAGACGAUGGACUUUCAAGGGUUGAGAAUGUGACGGAGUGUGUUCGCGAGUUUGUGAGCGAUAACCUCGAAGGCUGGAAGGACGCAGAGUUCGGUCCGGGCGAGGGUUUCGACUACAGUUGGAGCGGCAUCAUUGGGCUCAGCGCGGACGGUGUGCCAUUCGUUGGGGAGCUGCCUGGUAAGCCCGGGCAAUGGAUAUGCGCUGGACACCAUGGACACGGGAUGGCGCGCAUCUUCACUGCCGCACCAGGACUCGUAAAACUGAUGAAUGGCGAGUCCUGGGGGUCGACAGGUUUGCCAGAGGUCUACCAAAUCAAUUCGGAACGAUUACGUCGACUACGGACGGCCUCUGAACAGCCUCCCAAGGUUGCGACUCUCAAUCCAUGA